AUGGAGAGGUGCAGCGCCAAGGAUCUGGAAAAGAUGAAAGCCGCAGAUGCCAUCGCGGCGAAGGAAGAGAUGAAGGCCACAUACUUCGUUGUUGCAUACAAGCGUCUUCCAAAAAGGGAGAUCGAGUUCAUUCUGGCCCAUGCUCCACCACCAAAGAGGAUCUGGACCGUGAGGCCGCCGAGCACAAGCAGGCAGAGGAGAGCUUCACCAGGUUCUAGGACCAGGUGCGCCGCGAGUACGAAGGCCACCGGCUUUUUCAAGGUCGACGACGACUACAUCGCCGAUAGGGUGAAGAAAGAGAAAAUGAUCCACGAAGCAUGGUCCACCAUGUUUGAUGAUUCCGAUCUACAAGAGCUUGUUUUUGGUUACCAGUCGGAUUCUGAUGACCUCGAGGAUGAUAUGAAUGAUGUGAAUUCCAGUGCCACAGACACUUGA